GUCAUUUCAGCGUUGUAAUGUCGAGGUUUAGUGAUAUUGCUAUUUUCAUUGUUUUAUAUAUUAAUUUUUUAUUUUCUUUUAAAAAUUGAAAAAUUAAUAAAAUAUUUAACGUAUAUCAAUAUGUGCUAUACUUCUCUUAAUUUUAUUAUUUCUAUAUUAUUAAUUUAUUGUACCUAUUGACAUAUGCAAUAAAUUUCUUUGAAAUUUUAAAGAAAUUUCAAUCUAGAAAUAGAGAUAAUAUCGACAGAGAAAAAAACAAAAGAUUUAAUUUUAAACCUAAUAAACUAUAAUAAAAAUGUUCAAUAAAUGAAAAAACAUGGAAUCACAAAUGAAAGGUAUCUGUCCAAUUUGUAAUCAACGUGCAACGUUGAAAUGUAGCGGUUGCAAGCAACAAUUUUAUUGUAAAAAGGAGCAUCAACGAAUGGAUUGGCCUCGACACAAGUUGACUUGCCAAGCGUGGGAGAUUCGUGAGAACUCCGAACUCGGACGACAUUUAUUGGCCUCAAGGGAUUUGAAUCCAGGUGAUGUGAUUCUGUCUGAAUCACCUUUGGUUUGGGGACCAUCGAUACAUUCGGAUCAAAGACUUUGCGUUGGUUGUGGAAAACAAUGCAAGAGUGCCAAUAUAAGAUGCACGAAAUGUCUUUGGCCGGCGUGCGCUGUAGAUUGUUCUGGUCUUACAGAUAAAAAUAGACACGAUUUGGAAUGUUCUUUUCUUAUAAAAGCGAAGAUCAUUCCAAGAUGCGAUGUUCUUUUGGUAAUACGUAUGUUAAUAUUAUGGUGUAAGAAAUCAAAAUAUUGGAAUUCUAUACAAAAAUUACAAAGUCACGAAGAUUCUCGUGGUCCAGGAACGAGCGUAUACGAAGAAACGAUGAAUAUAUAUUACCAUAUUCAACGUCUUUUACCAGAUAAUUCCUCUACCAAGGACAUAGUGAGCAAAAUAUGCGGUUUAAUAGAUAUAAACGCAUUGGAAACAGUACCACCUGAGGGUUGUGUUGCAAUUUAUGAAACAGCGUGUCUUUUGGAACAUUCUUGUCUGGCUAACACGAGACACAGUUUUACAAUCGAUAAGGGUAGACCUCGAAUCACGGUGAAAGCUUUGUGUUCUAUACAAAAAGGGGACCAUUUAAGUACAAUGUAUACACAUGCACUUUGGGCAACAAGGGUACGAAGAUCUCAUCUUUUAGAAACAAAAUAUUUUUCUUGUCACUGUAAACGGUGUGCCGAUCCAACAGAAUUGGGCACGCAUCUUGGAACGUUAAAGUGCCCCCAAGACAAUGGUUUUAUUUUACCUAAAAAUCCAUUGGACUUUGAUUCAGAAUGGGGAUGCGAUUCGUGCCCUGGAACUCUUACCGCAUCAGAAAUGAUACAAUUCAUUGGAAAAUUGGAGGAAGACGUCGAUGACGUUAUGUGUUCAGCGCGAAAAGAUAAAUUGGUUAAUCUUCUAUCACGGCUCACUACAUUAUUACAUCCUGGACAUCAAUUGUGCAUUACUGUCAGUCAUUCAUUGAUUCAACUAAUGCCCGCGGACAAUCCUAAAAAACUUGAAUUAUGUAAACGUAUUAUAGAAACCACCGAAACAUUGGAUCCUUAUGGUACGAGAUUGGCAUUAUAUACUGCAGUCACGUUAAGAGAAUUAUCUACUUGUCCCGGAGAAGAUAGAAAACAUCUUUUGUCAAAAGCACUAUCGUUAUUGCAAUAUGAACCGCAGUAUUCGGCCGGUGAAAAGCUACGAAUAUUAAUAGAAUCCGAAUUAUAACAGUUCUAUUAUAUUUAAUAACUUUUAAUAAAAUGGUAUAAUAAUACAAAAUUUUGAAUUGUAAAAAUUAUUCAUUAUUUCUAUAUUAUAUUAAAUUUAUAAUAUGCUUUUAUGUUAUAAAAACUAUUUUUAUUAUACUACAUAUUUUUUCGCUAUGAUAUAAAUGUAACAUGACACAGGAUUAAACCCUUUCGAGAACUUUGAA